AUGAGGUUAGGGGGCAAGGCUGCAGCCUCCUGGCGCAUCCUGCUGUCUGUCCUUACCUGGACAGCAGCCGUCCAUGCGAAGGAUGAUCCGACAAUCAGCGUCACCACAACCAAGCACCCGCCCGCCGGCCUAAGCUACUUCGAAGACUCCGACGUUAUCCUCUACCACGACAUCUCUGAACGCAACAUUUACCGAACCGACGAUGCGGGUGUCACAUGGAACAAGGUCAAGGGAAUCCCCGACGACAAAGCCGCCCUGUUCGUGAUGCACGAAUUCGACAAGAGCCGCGCCUACGUCCUUACCGAGACCAACAAGCACUACAGGACCACCGAUAAGGGCAAGACCUGGGACGAGUUCGACAGCGUCAUCGAGAAGAGUUUCUUCCAGGGCGCCGACAUCCUCCAUUUCCAUGCCGGCGAUCCCGAUCGCAUCAUUUUCGGUGGUAUGCAAUGCGCCGGCAUUUUUUGCCAGGAAGUCGCCAUGUACACGACGGACAACUUCAAGAGCAAAGCGAAGCCCCUGCGCAACAACAUCGUGGGGUGCUGGUGGGCCAAGUCAUCCGCCAUGUUCACCACCGGCCAGAAAGACCUCGAUGAGCAGCGCAUUCUGUGUAUCGCUCUCGACAAAUCCUCGACUUCAAAGUACGAUUACAGGCUUUUCGCCUCGGAUAACUACUUUGAAGAGAAGGGCAACCAGAUCCAGGAGUUCGAACCCAACAUGGACACGAACAAGGGCGUCUCGGGCGUCGUCAACCUGGCUGUUGUCAAGAAGUACCUGAUGGUUGCGACUUCUUCUCCCAACACCGACGAGAUGGCCUUGUUCGUCACCGACGACACGAUCAAGUGGCACCGCGCCAUGUUCCCCGCCGCGCAUGGCCAUAAGAUCAACCAGGAUGCGUACACGGUUUUGGAGAGCACAAACUACAGCAUCCAGGUCGACGUGGUCAACACCGGAACUUCAAACCCCAUGGGCGUCAUGUUCACCAGUAACUCCAAUGGCACCUUCUUCAUUGAGAACAUUGAGCACACCAACCGUAAUAGGAGGGGUCAUGUUGACUUUGAGAAGAUUACCGGCGUUCAGGGUGUCUUCAUCGUCAAUGUCGUCAAGAACGCUGAAGAAGUAGAGAAGAAUCACAAGGCGGCAAAAGAGGUCAUCACCAAGAUCACGUUUGACGACGGCCGUAACUUCCACGAGCUCAAGGCCGGCAGCGACAACAUUCACUUGCACUCAGUCACGGACCUCGACAACGUUGGCAGAGUCUUUUCCAGCCCCGCUCCUGGCCUUGUUCUCGGCAUUGGAAACACGGGCAAGUCCUUGGGCAAGUUUGAAGAGGGCGAUGUCUUCGUUUCCGACGAUGCCGGAGUAACGUGGAAGAAGGCUUUGGAUGGCCCCCACAAGUACGAGUUCGGUGACCAGGGCUCGAUCCUGGUGGCUGUCAAGGAUUCCUACAAGGAGGAUGUCUCGGAAGUUCGCUACUCCCUCGACCACGGCGAGAGCUGGAAGAAGGUCGCGCUCCCGAAUGACCUCAAGAUCAAGCCUGAGCUCCUCACCACGACCCAGGACUCGACCAGUCUCAAGUUCCUGCUUGUUGGAAGAACCGGCGGCGGUGACAACCCUAACUUUCACCUCAUCGCACUUGACUUUGAGGGCCUGCACGAGAGAACUUGCAAAGAUGAUGAUAUGGAGGAUUGGCACGCUCGUCCCGAUGACAACGGCAAGCCGACCUGCUUGAUGGGCCACAAGCAGACCUACCGACGCCGCAAGAAGACCGCCGACUGCUUCAUCAAGCAGGAGUUCAAGGACCCUGUUCCGGUUACCGAGGACUGCGAAUGCACGGAUGCCGAUUUCGAGUGCGACUACAACUUUGUAAGGAAGGAGGGCAAGUGCGAGAUUGCCGGGCCUAUCAUCAAGCCUGAUGGCGCAUGCAAGAACGCCAAGGCGGAGGACACGUUUAAAGGCACUUCUGGCUGGCGCUUGAUUCCUGGAAACACUUGCAAGCGUAAGAGUGGCGCUCAGAAGGAUGACCCCGUCGAGCGAAAGUGCGGUGAUACGGACACGCGUCCUAGCGUACCCGUCGACGGCAAAGUCAAGGCCAUCAAGCACACCUUCGACACGAAGAAGACCGACUUUGAGAAGUUCUACUUGGAACGGGGCGAGACGAACAAGGAGACUGACGAAACAAUCAUUGUUCGACCCAUCGAAUAUACGAGCAGCGGCCAGAUGAAGAUCGAUCCGUCGGCACCCAUCUGGCGGACAAAGAACCACGGCAAGGACUGGGAUACUAUUCUCAAGGACGAGAAGAUCUACGGAAUCUACCCGCACAACCACUUUAAGGACACCGUUUUCUUCACGACCGAUUCAAAGAAGGUCAUGUACACCAUCGACCAUGCUGAACACUUUCACCAUUUUGACGCGCCUACUGAAGCCGAUACUGAGAUGGGCAGCCCCUUGUCCUUCCACCCUGACAAGAAGGAUUGGCUGAUCUGGGUUGGUAAGAAGUGUGAAAAGGAUGAAUGCUGGCAUGAGGCAUCAAUCACGAAGGAUCGUGGUGACAACUGGCACACAGCUCUUCGCUAUGUCCGCAAGUGCGAGUUCACUGGAAACUCGGCCUACAAGUUCCGCGAUGCGCGCCAGAUUGUCUGCCUGGCCAACAAGGAGGAGAACAACGACAAGGGCACACCAAAGGUGGUUGUUUCCAGCAACGACUUUUUCGAAGAGGACAAGCAGUAUCACCAAUCGGACGUCAGCGACUUUGCCACAAUGGCUGAGUUCAUUGUCGUUGCUGUCGAGGAUAAGCAGAAGGACGACCUGAAGCCAUAUGCCAGUUUGGAUGGAGUGACAUACGCCGAAGCGCACUUCCCUGUCAACUUCAAGGUUGGACACAAGAACGCCUACACUGUUCUUGACAGCUCCACGCAUGCUGUGAACCUCUUCGUGGCUACUUCGUCCGCUGAAGGCCGCCGGUACGGAAGCAUCAUCAAGAGUAACUCCAACGGCACGUCGUACGUACAGAGCGCCGCCAAGGUCAAUUGCGACGACAGUUACUACGUCGAUUUCGAGAAGAUUGCUGGUCUUGAGGGUGUCGCGCUCAUCAACACAGUCAUCAAUUCCGACAAGGAGAGCGAGCCGAAGAAGGUCCACACGCAAAUCAGCCACAACGAUGGUGCUCAGUGGGCUUUCCUGCCACCCCCUCGCAAGGAUGCGGCGGAUAAGAACUACGACUGCAGCAGCAACGAGGGUGACGAGAAGUGCGCCCUUCAUCUUCAUCACUACACGGAACGAACCGAUAAGAAGAAGACAUUCUCCGCUGCGACUGCUGUUGGUGUCAUGUUCGGCAAUGGCAACGUCGGCUCCAGCCUGGGUAGCAUCAAGGAUGCUGAUACCUUCAUGUCAACGGACGCCGGUAUCACCUGGAAGAGCGUGGCCAAGGGAGUCUGGACAUGGCAAUACGGCGACCAAGGCUCCAUCAUAGUCCUUGUCCAGCGCUAUACUACCGCCACCCCCAACAAGUCGAAUGUUUUCAAGUAUUCCACGAAUGGAGGUAAGGAUUGGGAGGAACAAAAGUUCGACGACAAUGAAGUCAAGAUCAUGGAUAUCACGACUGUUCGUUCCGGAUCGUCGCGCAAUUUCCUUCUCUGGUGCAAGUCCGAUAAGGAUGAGAUGUUCACCGUCGACAUUGACUUCACUAGUCUGACCGACAAGCCGUGCAAGUAUGAGAAGAAUGGUGAAUCCGACUACUACACGUGGUCUCCCAAGCACCCGAUGCAGGCAGACAACUGCCUGUUUGGUCACGUCACGGAGUAUCUGCGCAAGAGAGAAGACCGAAACUGCUUCAACGACGGCCGCGUCGAACGCCUCCCCCAGAUUUCAAACUGCACUUGCACACGACCUGACUUUGAAUGUGACUACAACUUCGAGCUGGACAAUCACAAGCAGUGCAGUCUUGUACCUGGCAAGCAGCCCAUGUCGGCUGAGCAAUGGUGCAAGGAGAACCCCGACGCCGUCGAGUACUACGAGCCCACGGGAUACCGCCGCAUUCCUCUCACGACCUGCGUCGGUGGCCAGGAGCUCGACAAGCAAUCUCAGGUCCACGCCUGCGCCGGCAAGGAAGACGAGUUUGAGAGGCGCCGCGGCACUUCUGGAGUGGCCAUCUUCUUCGCUGUCAUCAUUCCUGUCGGAGUGGCAGCCGCUAUCGGUUGGUGGGUUUACAACAACUGGAACAGCAAGUUUGGCCAGAUCCGCCUGGGAGAAUCACCGAGCAUGGACAGCGAGGCGCCGUGGGUUAAGUACCCCGUCAUCGCGCUCUCGGCCGUGGUCGCCGUCGUUUCGGCGCUGCCACUCGUCGCUUCCGCCGUGUGGAGAAGCGCCACCUCUGCUUACGAGAGGGUGAGUAGCGGCAGUAGAGGAGGCAGCUGGUUGUCCGGAAGGGGCAACAGGCGUUUCACGACGAGGGAUAGCUUUGCUCGCGGCAGAGGCGACUAUGCUGUCGUAGACGACGACGAGGGCGAGCUUUUGGGCGACGAGAGUGACGAUGAGGUAUAG